AUGUUAUUAUUUUUGCUUUUUAUAUAUGUAAAUUCAUAUUUAGAUGCUAAUAAAAUUAAAUACGCAGUUGAUGCAGGCAAUCAAUAUUAUUAUAAGGAUAGAUAAAAAAUAUUAUAUCGUUAUGAUCAAAAUUAUAAAGGGGGUCAACAAUAAAUGUUCUAUUAAAAGGUAACCUCAGAUUAAAAUCAUCAUUUAAUACCACUUUAAUAUUUAGAUUAUUAUGUAUUCUAAACAUCUAGAACAGUGUCUAGCGAUUAAGAUUUUUUUAAAUACUCUAUUACUAUGAGACUUAAUGGUAAUUACACUUUAAUUUUAUGUUUCAUUGAAGUAUAAACAUAUUUUAUAAUAAUAUAGUAGGAAUAACGAUCAGCACGCUUUUUUGAUAUUUACUUAGAAGAUGAAUUAAUUAAAGAACAAUUUGAUAUAUACAAAGAAGCAGGUGGAAUUAAUAUUCCUCUCUAUUUUGCUUUUGAAUUUGAAUUUGAUGGAAAAAACAUUACUACAAAUGGAAAGACUAUUUAUCAAAUGAAUGAUAAUAAAUUGCAUUUUGAUCUCAUUUUUAAAGGUAAAGGAGCAUCUAUUAGUGCAAUUAUUUUAUAUUAAGGCAAAAUAGAAGAUAUUUUAAAUGAUUUAGAAAGUGCAUUACUAUCAAAAGAUUAAAUUGAAGCUACAUUUAUCAAUUAAAUAGAAUUCAUAAAGGCUUUAAAAUAAAAAGCAGCUCGUUAUGCUCAUAAACAAAAAGGAAAAGGAAAUGAAAAUGUAAAUACUUUGAUGAAUCAAUAUUUGAGCCCAUUUUAAAGAUUAAUCAAUAAUUUUGACAUUGGAAAUAAUGUAUAUAAUGAAAUUUCAAAUGGUUUAGAUCCUUCUCCAUUAGAGUUAUUUUUAGAUGCACUUUUAAAUGUAUUAACAUAUUUUUUUAAUAUUAGAAUAUUUUGGUGCCUUUAGGAAAUGUGCUCAUACAAAUUAUUGAUUUCAUUUUGGAUAAUAAACUUCUCUCUACAAUUUUAAUAACUAAUUUAAUAUUGUAUUAUUAUUGUUUUGGUAACAAUAAAUCUAUGUUUGCAAAUGUUCCUGUCGGUUUAGUAAGAAUAUAAUUUAGAACAUCUAGGUUUUAGAUCCAGAGAUUGAGAGUGAAAUGGAAAUCAAUUAUAAUGCAUAAUCACCAAAAUCACGACAUGUUAAUGUUUUGAAAUCAAAAAAAAAGAAAAAAUGA